UAAAGAUAUUUUUUAAUGUAACUCAAUGUUUAUUAUUAUUUCAACAAUUAAACCGAGGAAAAAAGUAAAUUGAAUUAAACAAGACAAAAUGGUCACUCACUUACCACUAAACAUUAAUUAUUUCAAUGAGAAGCAUAUUCUAAUUAACAUGUUCCACCUUCUCAUGUCAUUCCUCUGUUCAGCCGUUCGCCGCCUCAGGCCACCAAGAACAGAGAACGGAUUACCUCCGCCAUGCUCCCAUUAAUCUGCCCCCUCCUCUUUGUCACACGGCUCAUGAUCACCGCCAGUGCAUCAGACCACACUACCAACUUCGUCUUCAACGGCUUCGCCAGCGCGAACCUACUCCUCGACGGAAUGGCCACCGUGACAUCGACAGGCCUCCUCCAGCUCACCGAGCCGACCGAUCAAGACAUGGGUCACGCCUUCUAUCCAUAUCCCUUACCGUUCAAGAACGCCUCCUCCGCCGCCGCUCUUUCCUUCUCCACCUCCUUUGUCUUCGCCAUCGUCCCCAGGUACCCAGAUCUCACCGGCCACGGCAUCGCCUUUGUCCUCUCCGCUUCCUCCGACCUCACUCCUGCUCUCCCCAGCCAGUACAUCGGCCUUUUCAAUAAAUCAGACCAGGGCAAACUUUCCAAUCACCUCAUCGCCGUCGAGUUCGAUACAAACUACAGCCCCGAGUUCGACGACAUCAAUAACAACCACGUCGGUAUAGAUGUCAACAGUCUCCGAUCGGUUUACUCUGCAAGCGCUUCGUACUUCUCUGAUGGUGUUGGGACUCAAAACCUAACCCUUGCGUCGGGGAAUCUAUUUCAGGCCUGGGUUGAAUAUGAUCAGUUCGAAUGCUUGCUCAAUGUAACAUUGGCACCGCUGGAGUUGAAAAAGCCGAGCGUCCCUCUCCUGUCUUCAUUCGUAAAUCUUUCAUCUUUCAUCACAGAUUACAUGCACAUCGGUUUCUCCUCCGCCGUCGGAUCUUUCCCUGCCUCGCAUUACCUUUUUGGCUGGAGCUUUGCGCUGAAUGGAAGAGAUGUAGCCAUUGAUAUUUCGCUACUGCCGCGGCUGCCGAUAAUCAUUACCACGCCGAAAUCAAAGCUGCUGAUCAAAUACGGUCUGCCGGCUAUCGGGGGAGCCAUGCUUGUGGUGGCUGGUUUUGCUACUUGUGCUUUUAUUUUGAUUAGGAAAAAGAUCAAAUUCGCAGAGCUGCUCGAGGAUUGGGAGCAGGAGCAUGGACCUCAGAGAUUCUCCUACAAAGACCUAUACAUAGCGACUAAGGGGUUCGGAGAGAAAGAGUUUUUGGGGGCCGGGGGAUUCGGGAGGGUCUACAAAGGAGUCCUGCCGAGAACGAAAACCCAUGUCGCGGUUAAGAAAAUCUCACACGAGACAAGGCAUGGGAUGCGGCAGUUUGUUGCAGAGAUCAUCAGCAUCGGCCACCUCCGGCAUCAGAACUUGGUGCAGCUUCUCGGAUAUUGCCGGCGCAAGGGAGAGCUUCUUCUAGUCUAUGACUUCAUGCCCAACGGCAGCCUCGACCGAUUUCUCUUCGACAAGCCGGAGUCAAUGCUGGAUUGGAAGCAGAGGCUACAUAUAAUCAAAGGAGUUGCAUCGGGGCUCUUCCAUUUGCACGAGGAAUGGGAUCAGGUGGUGAUUCAUCGAGACAUUAAAGCAAGCAACGUUCUUCUGGACUCUCAAAUGAAUGGGAGGCUGGGAGACUUUGGACUAUCGAGGCUUUAUGACCAUGGCAGCGAUCCGCAGACGACUCACGUGGUUGGAACUUUGGGUUACCUUGCCCCUGAACUAACGAGGACAGGAAAGGCGACUACGAGCACUGAUGUUUACGCAUUCGGUGGGUUUCUGCUAGAGAUGGCAUGCGGGAGAGGGCCAGUUGAGACCAAAGCUCUGCCUGAGAAGAUGAUUUUGGUGGAUUGGGUUCACGAGAACUGGAGGAAAGGUAGUAUUUUGGAUAUCAGGGAUCCAAAUUUGGAAGAAUUUAGUGCGGUGGAAAUGGAGUUGGUGUUGAAACUUGGGCUGCUUUGUUCUCAUCCAAAACCAUCUUGCAGGCCGCGGAUGAGACUGGUGAUGCAGGUGUUGGAUGGUGAUGCGGCGCUUCCUGAGGAGUUACUCGCUGAUUGGAAUGAGAGCUUCGCUGUUGGAAAUGAUGGUUUUGCUGAUUUAAUUAACUUGGUUGAGAGUGCUUUCUCUAAAUCAGUGGUAUCAUUAACAGAGUCAACGGGAAAGAAAACUGAAAGAUGAAAAGUGCCUCCCAACAUGAAUGCAGAAUAGUCCGGCCUAUGAGCUUGCAGCUGCAGCUGUGUUGCCGGACAAAUUGUUGAUGUAUGGUUCGGAGUUUUAGUUGCGUUGUUUGGAAACUGGAGUGACGAGUAAAAUCUUUCUGCUGCCUGGCGUUUUCCCCUUGCUUCUAUGAACAGAUGGGGAAAUUUUUUAUAAAUUUACAUCUUUUUUUUUUUUUUUGAAUGUAGAUCUUGUAGAAAGUGACAAACAAAUAAUGCAAAUAUGCACAUAUUUAUCUUUUUAAAUAUGUUAUGUGGAGGGAAAUUUCUCGAA